UAAAACCCCUCGGGUUUAUUCCCGGAUAUGAUUCUCCACAUUUAACUAAGUUUAUUCCUUCGAGGUCUUCUCCACCACUCUCCGCCGCACGCCACCACAACCCCACCACAUUCCCCUUCUAUAAAACCCCACAGACUCACACAAACCACCAAUACCCACCACACAAUCUCAUCUUCACAUUUUAAAACAUUUUCACUGAUCCACAAUCCCCUCUUCACAUCCACCUCACAAAUUCAAUCCACAACAAUAUUUAUACAACAAUGGCUACAACAUACGCCCCUCAUUUCAUCGCCUCCGAAACGACGUCGUCCAGUUCAAACCCAAUUAAAAUGGCACAAGACGAAUUGAAGAAAAUCGCCGCAUACAAAGCGGUAGAGUUUAUCAAAUCGGGUAUGGUUGUCGGGUUGGGAACCGGGUCGACAGCAAAACAUGCUGUCGACAGAAUAGGUGAGCUUAUCCAACAAGGUGUAUUGACAGACAUUGUCGGAAUCCCGACAUCAAAGAAAACACACGAACAAGCUUUGUCGGUUCACAUUCCUUUAUCGGAUCUUGACACCCACCCGGUUGUUGAUCUGGCUAUUGACGGGGCGGAUGAAGUCGACCCGGAUUUGAAUUUGGUUAAAGGGCGGGGCGGGUCAUUGUUACGCGAGAAAAUGAUCGAAUUCGCUUCGAAAAAGUUUGUUGUGAUUGUUGAUGAAACGAAACUUGUGGAUUAUAUCGGUGGAAGCGGGUUAGCUAUGCCGGUUGAGGUGGUUCCGUUUUGUUGGAAAUUUACUGCACAUAAACUUGAAUUGUUGUUUAAGGAGUCGGGUUGUGUUGCGAAGCUCCGAAUUUGCCCCGAAACAGGAGACCCGUUUGUGACGGAUAAUAGUAAUUAUACAAUAGAUUUGUUUUUCAAGAAAAGUAUAGGGGAUUUGAAGGCUGCGGGUGAUGCGAUUUUGCGGCUUCCUGGAGUGGUGGAGCAUGGGAUGUUUAUUGAUAUGGCGACUGCGGUUAUUGUUGCGGGUGACGGUGGUGUUACGGUGAAGAACAAGGAGAGGUAGUUUGUUUGUAGGUAACAAACAAUGUUAGGAUAUGAAAAGCUUAAUGAAUUGAUGGUUUGUGUUACCUCUUGUUACAAGGGAAAGUUUAUAAUUGUUAUGCAGUUUAUUAGUUUUAUAACUUAAUGGGGAUUAUUAUUAUGAUUAAGAUUAAGAUUUUGUUC